UCAUAAAUUUAGAAACUUUUUGACCCGAAAUAAACCGGGUCAAAUCAUCGGGUCUCUCUCAAAGAAGAUCCUCCACAAAUAUUCUCUUCUUCCAAUAAUAACACAUCUAAUUUCUUUCUUUUUUCAGUGCUCCAAAGUAUCAUUUUAAAAAAAAAAAAAUUAGAUCUAUCAACAAAAAAUCCAUAAAAGAAAAAAAAUUCAAAUAUUUUUUCGUUACCUGUGUUGUGAAUAAAUCGAAAAAUCAAAAUUAUCUUGGCAUGUCAGUAGCUGGAGAGGCGGUAGAGCAUGCGAAUUUUCCAGGAACAACAAUGGCAGCAACAAAGGUGGACCGGUCGGAAUGUUGUAACCCGGUAAAAAAACCCGGUCCAGUUUGUUUGGACCAUGUAUUAUCAGCUUUAGGUGAAACAAAGGAAGAGAGGGAAUCAAGAAUUAGAAGUUUGUUUAGUUUUUUUGAUUCUGAUAAUUUGGGCUUCUUAGAUUAUGUGAAAAUAGAAAAGGGUUUGUCUGCUAUGCAAAUUCCAGCUGAGUAUAAAUUUGCUAAAGAAUUGUUGAAUGCAUGUGAUGCUAAUAAAGAUGGAAGGGUUGAUUAUAUGGAGUUUAGGAAAUAUAUGGAUGAUAAAGAAAUGGAAUUGUAUAGGAUUUUCCAGGAUAUUGAUGUCGAACAUAGUGGAUGUAUUUUGCCUGAAGAAUUAUGGGAUGCCCUUGUUAAAGCUGGAAUAGAAUUAGAUGAUGAUGAACUUGCACGUUUUGUGGAACAUGUGGACAAGGAUAAUAAUGGAAUUAUCACUUUUGAGGAAUGGCGAGAUUUUCUUCUACUAUAUCCACAUGAGGCCACCAUUGAGAAUAUUUAUUCAUACUUGGAGAGGGUAUGUCUUGUAGAUAUUGGGGAGCAGGCAGUCAUCCCAGAAGGCAUCAGUAAGCAUGUUCAUGCAUCCAAAUACCUGAUUGCAGGGGGAGUUGCAGGAGCUGCUUCUCGUACUGUCACAGCACCUCUUGAUCGCCUUAAGGUUGUUUUACAAGUACAAACGACUCGUGCCUCAAUUGGUCCUGCAAUCAAAAGCAUAUGGAAGGAAGGUGGUUUAUUGGGUUUUUUCCGUGGCAAUGGAUUAAAUGUGUUGAAGGUUGCACCUGAAAGUGCAAUUAAAUUUUACGCAUAUGAAACCUUGAAAAAUGCUAUUGGUCGUUUCAAGGGUGUUGAAGACCAGAGAGACAUAGGAACUUCUGGGCGUCUUGUGGCUGGUGGAAUGGCAGGUGCAAUAGCACAAACUGCUAUCUAUCCCAUGGAUCUUGUUAAAACUCGGUUACAGACUCAUUCAUGUGAGAGUGGAAAUGUUCCUAAUCUGCGAAAACUAUCAAAAGAUAUUUUUAUACAGGAGGGUCCUCGGGCAUUUUAUAGAGGAUUAGUACCAUCUCUACUUGGAAUCAUCCCUUAUGCAGGCAUUGAUUUAGCUGCAUAUGAAGCUUUAAAGGAUCUGUCAAGGACAUACAUUCUUCAUGAUAGCGAAGCCGGCCCCCUUGUGCAACUGGGGUGUGGGACAAUAUCAGGAGCCCUUGGAGCCACAUGUGUUUAUCCUUUGCAGGUUAUUCGAACCAGAAUGCAAGCUGACUCUGCAUACAAAAGUAUGUCUGAUGUGUUCGGGAAAACAGUUCAGCGUGAAGGCUUCAGGGGGUUCUACAAAGGACUUUUUCCAAAUCUUCUAAAAGUUGUGCCAGCAGCAAGCAUAACCUAUCUCGUGUACGAAUCUAUGAAAAAGAGUCUAGAUCUUGAUUAGCUUCAAACUGCCGAGGCUGAUGAAGAUGAUGAUGAUGAUGAUAAUGUGAUACUAAAUAAGAUUAUUUAGCUCAUUGGUGAUAUGAUUAUCAAAAUCAUACACUUGAUUUUUGACUCCCCUUUGGAUACCGGCGGGGGUUAUAGUUAUAGAGUUUUGUAGAUUCAACUGACAAGUGACUACGUUGGCAAUUGAGAAUAGUCCACCUUUACGAUGUAUGUUUGAGUUAUAGGGAUAUCCUCUCUACACUUUUUCUAAGUAAAUGCAAAAUGAAUACAGUGAUGUGCAGACAUUAAGGUUUUAGCCA